AUGUCUUACAAAUAUUAUGAGGCCUUCGUAUCCUCCAAGAGUAAAUCUAUUCCGUGUUGCAAUAGUCUAAACUGCAAUCUCUGUUUAGGGAAAUACUACGUCUAAAUCUAAUAGGAUGACAUCAAUCUCAUUGAUAGAUUGAUUUAGGAUAAAUUGCAAAGCAGAAUGGCAGAGAUCUAAUCGAACAUAAGAAUCAAUACAAUUGAUUAAUUUUUAGAUUAUCAUCAACGCAAGUACAACUACCAACUCAUUUAUCUAUUUGAAAAUCUCACCAAAGGCAAACCUGGGUCACAAAUCAAUUUCAACUUUAGGUAUAAAAAUAAUGGAACCAUUGAUUGGCCCAAAGAUACCUAUUUUAAAUGUAUGGAGCCUGGAGAAUUCAAAGAACUGAUAUCAUAAGUUACUCCCCUGCCAUCUGGAGCUGAAGCAACAUCAGAAAUUUCAUUCAAAAUACCCCUAAUUGCACAAGGAGAAUACAAGACUUGGUGGCGUUUAUGUUGCAAAAGGAACCAAGAAGAAGUCUUAUUUGGUCCUACUAUUGAAAUUCCCUGCAUAGUCGAAGAGUCCAUAGAUGCUGCCAACUAUCUUCUGCUCAAAGAACUUUAAAACAAAGGCCCUUCGUGGACAGACCCUUUAGAUUUUAAUAAGGCUCCCAUGGUGCUCAAAGAAGCCAAAGACCAAAAAUUAGACAUGGAUUAACUAUACAUUUUGUUAUUAAAGGAGCAAAAUUGA